AUGAAUUCAUCUAAAGACAAAGAAAUAUUCAAGGGGCUCUUUAUUGUAAAAAAUUUGCCGCCAAAAGCACUAAAAGCACAAUUUUCACAACUUCUUUAUAAACAUCAAUCACGAAAUCUACGAUUAGAAACUGUAAGCAGAAUAAUCACAUUUUGCUUUCACAUGACAACAUUUAGGUGUCGUCUUUGCUCCUAUUGGAAAGAAAAUUUAGAAGAAUAA